UAUAGAUAUUAUAUAGCGAGGCCUGACCAAGACAGUUGCUCAUUUUGUGCUGGCGUGAUUGGUAGAAAGCAUAUUUGACAAAAUCUGAAGUUAUAAAAGGAGGCGCUUGUUUACAGUUGUGAACGUUGGAAAUGAAGUUGAUCUUCGGAAUUAUAUUUCUUCUCACUUUUGCACUUUCAGCACAUUCCUUCGCUUAUUGGACACCCUGGCUAGACCGAGAUAACCCAUCUGGAUCAGGAGACUAUGAAUUGUAUACCCAUCUUCCAGGAAGGGCUCGUUGCCGUGCAGGUUUUAAACCAGUUGGAGCAAACUGCCGAGUAAAGGGGAGCAAUAUACCCUGGUAUAGAGCAAACCAAAACAUUUCUCCUUGCAACCAAUGUACACCGAAGGGAUUCGCGUGUGUAAACAAGGUCAACAGUCAAAGCUGUAAAGACUACGAAAUCAGGUUCCUUUGUUACAGACCCGUACGUGUCGUUCAUUAUUGGACACCCUGGCUGGACCGAGAUAACCCAUCGGGAUCAGGAGACUUCGAAUUGUAUGCUAAUUUUGUUGUCAAUGAUCGCAGACCUCCUUGCCGUGCUGGUUAUAAACCAGUUGGAGCAAACUGCCGAGUAAAGGGGAGCAAUAUACCCUGGUAUAGAGCAAAGCAAAAAAUUUCUUCCUGCAACCAGUGUACAUCGAAGGGAUUCGCGUGUGUAAACAGCAACACUCAACGCUGUAAAGACUACGAAAUCCAGUUCCUUUGUUACAAACGUUUUUGAAACACGUGCAGAUAUGAAGUUGCUGGUAAUAGAUGCAAGAUCUAAUGCUUUGCUGAUUGAAAAUUCUGAUACCAUUUUUAAUUGAUUAAUUUCUCUUUGUUGUAUUUUUAAUUCAUCAAACAAUUGUUAAACUGAAUAA